UUUGUGGAUGACACAUUGGUUAUUUGUCUUAGUAUCUGUUCAGCAUGCUGCAUUGCCCUGUCCAAGCUUGACUGCAUACUGUGCUUUGCAUUGGCAAACAAUCUCUACUGUGGUGAGCUGCCUGGCCAUUUUCAUGACUUGGCCUGGGUGCAGGAGAAAAUUUGUGCCAUCUAUUGUGUGACUGCACAUGUCACACGCUUGUUCCAGUCUUCUAAUUCUUCUCAACCCAGAGUGUUUCAUGGCAAUACGUGUGCCCAUGAUAUGAAUAUGGUUUCCACUGUGUUGGUCCUUCCUCAUACUCCUGCAGAUGUCAAUGGUCUGCUGAGCAUUAUAUUUGUAGGUCCUGGAAAAUUUGACCCUGCUAAAGUUGGCUCAGUGUUCCAUGUUUGCAAGCAGAUGAUUUGGCAGUUCCUCUUGUGGCUCAAACAUCAUAACAGGUUAUAUUCCAGUGUUGCACUUGACCUGGAUAUUUUGUCUUUGUAUCCUGAGGAUGAUGUCCUCCCAGGCUUGUCUGACCAUGUGAUG